GAAUCUAGGUUGACAAUUUAAAAUGACUUUCAACUGAAAGUGCUUUCCUUCUGCCAGGGCUAAGGAUAUUUUUGAUUUAAAUAAUUAUUUUUAACAUAUUUCAUCCAAGCCCUUUUCUUUUUUAACUAGGAUCUACUAUGAACAUUGGUAAUGUGAAAAGUACUACAUGUGAUUCGAAUACUGUGGUUUCUUUGGCAAAGGAAAAGAGUUCUGAAUCAGUACCAACUCAGAAAAAGGAGGAAACGAAACAAGAAGAAAAAAAUUUGGAAGAUAUUUAUUUCCCAUCUCCCCCCAAAAUCAGAUUUGAAGGUCUUGAUAGUACUAGUCCUAAUGCUAUUAUUCAAAAUGAUGAACAAGAAGGUGAAAAGAAUUCAUCUGAUACUGAAAUGGAAGCUUCUAGUGACAAACUAUCUGAAACAGCUGCUGAAGAGGAAGAAAUUAUAGCAUCUGAUAAUGAUGACGUAAAUAAUGAAAUGGUGAAUAUUGGUCAUGGAAUUGAAAUUAAAGCCAGAUAUUUGAAUAAAUGUUUAAUAUAUGGCAAAACUGCAAAAAAACUGACAAGGUGUUUGGUAGAUGUGCUUUUCCCAGAUGUAAAACUGCUAGCUAAUUGUUCUGCAUUUGGUCAGAAGUCCAAUGUGACAAAAUUAACUCGUGCAGCUUUACCCACUCGUAAAGUUAAUGCAAUUAUUGAUUAUGUGCAGAAACGUUUUGCCGAUGUCAGCCGAAGUGAAAUUGUUUUGUCUAUCAAUAUGAAAUGCAAAGAAGCUAGAACUAUCAGUGGAAGAGAAGAAGCUGCAGCUAAUCUGAGGAAGAAUUCACUCAAAAGAUUACUCACCAAAGAAGAAGAAGAAUUAGACAAAGAUGCAAGCACUUCAAAUGAGGACUCUGUAAAAACAAAGAAUCCUGUAACUGUUUCUCUUUUAACAAAAAAGAAGAAUCCUAAUGUUGUUUGUGUUCAGAGUUCCAAUAAAAACAUAAAUACAGCAAAGCCAAAUAUUAUGCGGUGCAAUACACAGAUUCUUAUAAGGCCAAAACCUGUAGCUACUAGUGAUGGAACAGCAGCAGUAAUCUCGCCUAUAACAUCAGUAUCUAAAAAACCAGAAACAGUUCGAACAAUCUUAAGUGCAGGUCGACCAUUUGGUAAUCUUUCAAAAGAUGGAACUAAAAUUGUCAUGCCUCUAGAAAUUCUAAAAGCAGCAUCUGGUGCAACUUCGCAAACUAACACAACUGUAUCUUUGCCUUCUCCAAGACCCUACAUUAUACUUGGAUCAUCAGUGUCUCCUGUAAAGCAAACCUCCUCUGUAAUACAGCCACUUACUGUCUCUUCACCAAGUGUUGUAAAGAAAUGAGUCAAAAAAUUUUUAUAGCAGUUGUAUAACAUCAUCUUCAUACUAAAAAUAAUUUAUUGUUGUUCCCCCCCUCAUUUAAAAUGAACUGGGAUGAGAUUUGGGAAGAAUUAUGGAAAAUUCCUUCCCAGUGACUUAAAAACUUAGGGGGGAUAUGUAUAUUUUCUAAAAAUGUUAUUUUGUUUCUUAAUAAAUGAAUGGAAAACUUUGUAAAUACCAAAGCUGUAUUUGAUUAUGAAACUCGUGAAAUUUAUUAUACAAUUUAUCAUUAUUAUAAUGCAAUGUGUAACAAAAAGUGAAGUAUUUGAAAUUCAUUUGCUAAAAGUUUUCACUCUGAACUGAACAAUGAUUUAGCAAUGUAAUACAUUUGCAUUUAUAAGAAACCAUUUUAUAUGAUCAAAUUCUGAGAAAGAAUUUUGUUUGUUAAAAUUUGUUUUAGUUUGCUCAUGUAAAUAUGUUGAAUAAAUUUCAUCAAUCAUAUUUUAUGCAUUAUAUUGAAACAUUUUAUGUCAUGAUAGAAUUUUGUAUAUGUUUGCAUGUAUUAAAAAAAUUAAUGAUCCUUUAAAAACAGGAAAUAAACACUUGUUUUUCAAAGUCAAA